AUGCGUGGUUUGUUCCCACUUUGCCCCUUUUGUGUGCUGAGUUCAACUCUGAGGGUGCCUUUGACAGCGAUGGAAAUGAUUUGUCUUUUGUCUUCUGUUCUGUUGGGCUUUCGGUUAGAGUGUCUUGUUGUGGGCGUUUUUUUUUUUUUUGCGUUCAGUGAUGAUCAUUACCUUCAGAAGUUCUGUGAAGGUUUAAAUGUACUGGAGGGCUUGGAAUUGGCUAUGGCCCUUAUAGCGUUCUGCGUUGUGACACCGUUUCGGAAACUUGUGGAAGGCAGAGGAGUUGCCGCUGGUGUUGCUUCCGACUGCAGUGGCCGUUUGUCAUUUUCUUUUUUCUCUGCACUGUUUAUCGAUAAUGUUCAGUGGGUUCAGGGACUGACGACGGGGGAUCAGAACUGGAACGCCUCUGCAGAUGAAAGGCUAUUACUGCUACCUCCACCACCGCUACCACCACAACAACAUCUACUACUACUACUAGGAGGGGCGCGCUUUGUCUUCUCUUAA